AUGAGAGGGGAUGGAUUUGGUGCGGGCCGCCAUGGGCGCGGCGCUGGGCGUUUCGAUCGUGGCCGCGGCCGCGGCUUCGAUUCCCACGUUUGGAAGCGCAAGACGGAGAUGGGAAGCUCCUCCAACUCCAAUGACAAGUGGGAUGAAGCGGCCGGCGGCAUGCAGGCGAACCGAACCCGGCAAUCCCGUUGGGAUGGAGAUGGCGGCGACCUGCAGGACUCCCAGGAGCCGGCGGCGAUCGAGGGGCAGCAGGCACCUCCUCCCCACCGCCAGGAGAUUCGCGGUGGCGACACUGGAAGCGGCAAGACCCACCUCAUCCUCGACAAGAACACCACCGUCACUGCUAACCGCGAGCACUCCUCCUCUGGUACUGUCGCUCCUCCUUGUGAUACCUGCCAGAUCUGUCAUCUUCCUGGGCAUUUCACCGUCAGAUGUCCUCAGGCUCUCUGUGAUAGAUGUAAAAAGAGAGGUCAUCUGUCUCUUAUCUGCAAUGAGUUCUUCCCUUGGGAUCACACACCUGUGAUGUGUGCCUUCCAAACCAAGGGUCAGGGGUUCUUUUACAUACCUGAUUACAGCGUGGAUAGGCAGAGUAGGGAUAAUAUUUUCAACAUUGUUGUCACCAUUACUGAUGGCUCUGCUCUGACUAAAGAUAUUGAGCACGAGUUGAGUGUGUACGUUGGCCAGGGAUGGCGUUGCUCUGCAAGAUUUUUUGCUCCACAAAAGUUUGUCAUGAGGAUGCCAAAUCCUAGAGAGGUCGACAGAGCGCUUUUUGUUGAAAAUAUCAAGUUGAAAAAGUGUGGAGUCAGUGUCAAGUUUUCCCCUUGGUCUGAGGACAUUGAUUCUGAGGGGCUGUUAGAGAUUGCCUGGGUUAAGAUCGGAAAGAUUCCACCAAACAAAAGAUGCGAUAGAACUGUAGCUUAUGUGGGUGGGCUAGUUGGGAUUACCCUGGAAGUCGAUAUGUCAACCAUAAAUCGCCCAUCCUCUGUCAGAGCUAAAAUUGGCUGCAGAUCGAUAGCUCAACUCCCUGCCACUGCUGAAGGGGUGCUUGCUGGGCGCUUUUACAGGUUUUACCAAACUGUUGAUCCUAUUCCUGAUGAAAGGACCAAGCCAGACCAAACCCCUAAGAGGAAACGUACUGAACAAGAAAAAGGGGUGUCGCAGCCUGAAUCUGCUGGGCAUGGCAAUAUUGGGGGUUCCUACCGUGGUGGCAAGGCCUGUCGCCUGCUAUACGAGGAUAAAGAGGGAUCUCCUUCUACUAAAAGUGAUGGGGAUAAUUCUCUGCUUAUUGAAACAUUACAGAGAGAGAUUGAGGAGAAAAUGAAGGGUGGUGACGUUGCUUCUUCCAACUGGAUUGUCCCCAGGAAUCAUGUUGUCGUGGAAAAAACUACUCAAGAUAUUCAGGUGAAGAAAAACAUUCCUAAUAAAAUUGCCUCACCUCGUGAGACUGCUUCUAACCUUUCUCAAAUUGUGGAGAGAGAGAUUGAGGAGAAAAUGAAGGGUGGUGACGUUGCUUCUUCCAACUGGAUUGUCCCCAGGAAUCAUGUUGUCGUGGAAAAAACUACUCAAGAUAUUCAGGUGAAGAAAAACAUUCCUAAUAAAAUUGCCUCACCUCGUGAGACUGCUUCUAACCUUUCUCAAAUUGUGGAGGUAACUGGCGAGGUGGACCCUAGGGUUAAGACUUCGAGCAGCUAUGUGGUACAACUCCCAUUCCCUGAAUGCACUAAAGAGAUCAUUCUCACUCCUCCGCUAGCACCUGAAGCCCCACUGAGAUUCAGCAAGCGUAACGUCUCUGGAAUGCAGGACAAGGUGGAGUACAGGGCCAAAAAAAUGGCUAGUAAGAGAAAUCUGGAAGGUAAUAAUAUUCCUGCUUUCAAAAAUUCAUUCGGUGUGCUUUCUGAUAAUGAGUUGGUGAGUAGAGCUAAUAAGAUGGGGGUAGAUAUCCCCAAUGAUGAUUUCGCUGUUGUUGAUAUUAUUAGAGAGCUUGAACAUACCCGAAUAGAAUUAGAAGCUAAAAAAGAAGAUAAUAAUACCGAUAAAGAACAGGAUAACUUGAUUGUGACUGAUGGUUUAGGCAGGAAUAUCCCUGUGAAUUUAGAAUGGCUAGACCAGGAAGAACAUAUUUUUGAGCGUGUCUCUUCUGUUAAAUCUAAGAAGAAAAAACAUAGUAAAUCCAACAUUAAGAUUUCUAGGCCUGUGACUAGAAGUCAGAAAAGAAAUAAUGCUGAGAAAGAACCGUUAUGUAACCCUGCUCCUUCUCCUGGCAGGGUUACUCGAGCCAAAUUCCACAAAAAACGUUCCAAAUGA